AUGGCUAAUUAUGUGCUAACAAUUAUGGUAGAUAUUGGCGUAGAGCUCAGAACUUCCUUGGUGGAGGAAUACGCCAACGAAAGGAAGCCGACCGACGGUGAAAUCUAUCGUAAGAUUCGACAAUACGAGGGCGAUUACGAUGAAACCUUCCGGGAGCGAUGGUUUGAGCUCGGCGAACUAGAGCAACCACGGAACGGGAAGCCUUCUCCACAAGAAGACAGACAGGAUUUAUCGCCACUGCGCCUUAAGUACCGAUCCGAGGAACCCGCGUAUAGGUAUGUCGUGGAUGCCGUAGUGGCUUCAGACGCCAUUACCUACGAAGCGUUGGUAGAACCUCUACGCCUAGGAACGCUAGGAUCUGCGAUAGAUCCCCACCCCACUCCUCCAGUUGCUGAAGAUACCUCUGUCCCAGAUUCCUCCGUGGCCGGUCUUAUGCCCUUAAGGGCGGUCGAGCAGCGGCCCCCUCAACAGUACAUUGAGAUCGAGCUCUGGUCCCUUGAACGAGGAGAGUGGAGACGGUCAGACCGGCUCCGCGUCGAUCCGUUAGAUCCAUCGCCGCUAGAACGAGUCGCGCAAAAGUAUUUAUGGAAGAAUUAUUCCCUAUACGAUAAGAAUUUGCACAACCUGAGGCCAGCCCAAUGUUACCGUGCAGCGACAGCUGAUGGCAGUAACGCCUUCUUCAUAGUUUCCGAGUAUGAGGAGAAGAAGCUUGCGGCAGAGGGUCGAGUUGUAAAGGAGAAGAAACUCCUAGGUAUGGCAUCUCGAGUAUUAGACCGGGUAGAGGGUGGAAGGUAUCCUAGGUUCUCAUGA